AUGGAGAGUCCUCCCUCUCUCCUGGAGAGCACAUACAGCACAUGGCUGACCCUCAGCCCUGCUGUGUGGGCAAUGGACAUCGUCCUGGCCUUUGUGGGUGGACUGGGGCUCUACCUCCUGUUGCUCCCUUUCCUUGAGAGUCAUCUAUGGUCACCUCCACCAAAUGUAAAAUUCACCAGGAAGCCUCAGAUGCAGAAGAUGACCUGUCAGAGCCGGUGCAGGAAAAAGUUUAGGAAUCAUUCUAGGAAAAAUCCCAAAGCUUGGAGAGAAUGCCUGAAAAAGCUACAAAAAAAAGAAAAAGAUGGAUUAUUUCUGGAAAAAAUGAACGGCCCACUACACCAAUUGAACUCUUUAGGGAAUAUGCUUAACUCAUCAAGUGCUAAAGACACCACUACCCUGCCAUCCUUCUGGAACCUGAAAGAGAAACCAGAACAGCAGAUGGCCACUCAGAAGCUAUCAUAUCCCAAGAUCUUGGGGGACCCUUUUCAACAGAAAUACAAUCAGCUUUUCUGGGGUCUCCCAACUCUCCACAGUGAGUCUAUAGUGGCUGCAGCCUGGAUCCCUCAGACGACUUCUACUCUCCCUUCCCCCUUUUUCUUAUUCAAUGUCAUCUCAAGUGUUUAUCCUGAUCAAUUUCCGGACAAAAUGUCUCCAAUAUUCUCCCACACACAUCCUCUGUCCUACCUAGACCUCCGAUCUCCGCCCUUAAUUUUGUCUUCACCUCAGUUCCAGGCCCCAGCUCUGAAUCAAGUCCAUCUUCAACCCCCUCUCCCAGCCCUACCACCCUCUUCUCUCCCCUACACUAGAGAUUAUGGAACACCUUGUUUUCAGUCACAAAGCAAGCCACACUAUCUACCUUCUGAUAUACAAGGCAGAGAAAGGCCCUCACUGACAAAACAUCUAGGAAGUAGAUUGGCUUUACCCUUGAUGGUACAGAGACCUCAAGAAGUCUGUGACAUUGUGGCCCCCAACCUUUCCCAUGACUGGGAAGUCUCUAUCCUCCCUGACAACUUUCCAAUCAGUAGUGAGCUCCGCGAGAAACUGGAACAGCACAUUCAAAAGUGGCUCAUUCAACACCAAUGGGAUUUUCCCUCUAAGACCCAAGAGUCUCUGGGAGUGAUGCAGCUUCAGAGCACAGUAACAGAAACUCACCAAGCCAGAGAGAAGCCUGGACCCUCACCACCCUUUAUGUCCUCUGGUGAACACAGCAAGGAUGGCCACAAGGUGAGAUUCCAGCUAGAAAGGGAACCUGGCAAGAAUCUGGGGCCGAUUCUAGGGAUGGUCUCAAAAGAUCCAGUCAGAGGCUUGGAAAAACUUCCAGGAAAGACUCAAGGGGCAAACCUUUUGGAGAAUCUAGAAAACACCUUGAAAGCUCAUCUGGGCACAAAGUCAAGGCAAAUCAGUGGCGGUCUGAUCCCUCUGAGUGUGCGACGGUCCUGGCUGGCUAUGAACGAGGGCUUUUCCACGUCUGACAGCAAUAUGACAACUAGACAUUCAACACCCUCAAAGAGUUCAGAAAAGCCCACGAGCUCUUCUUCACAGAAGCUUGCCUUUCUUGAUCCAGGAACUCGACAGGCCCUGGAGGCACAUGUUGUAAAGCUGUGGGUAAAGCACAGGUGGAGCCUACCUCUUAGGAUCCUUAAACCCGUAAACCUCUUUAAGUUGAAACGUGCUGAAUCCUUGCCUGUUGCACCAUGCGCCCACCCCUCUUCAACUGCUUCUGUACAUUGGGACAGCUCAGCAGUUGAGGUGGCCAGAUUCCUAGGAAAACCAUCUCGGACAUGCUUGAGAGAGAUGAUAAUUGAAGAUUCUUCUUCAUCACUAGGGAAUUUUAUUCUUGUCUCCUCUCCUUCCUGUAAGGGUAAUGAUAAGGCACUGAGAAGGCUUCAUUCGGAUGUUGACCACGAGCCUUCAAAAGUCCUACUAACCAAGCCAGAGAGCAGGAAUCUUUCUGAAACUCUCACAUGUAACUUCGUGAGCACACCCUCUCAGAGUCGGACUGUCUCAGAGAAAGAGAGAGAGACCCAAGAAGUCCUUUUACUGCCUAGAAGGACGAGUGUCCAAACUUCGAGAGCAUACAGCCUUCAGGCAAAAGUUGUUAGUGAGUGUCCACAUAAUGUGGAGACAGAUUCAGCAGGCCAGCCACAAAUCUAUAGCACUGCUGAGCUCCUUCCAGAACAUUCUAGGAGCCUGCUUCUUCCUGCAGACACUUUGGCUUCACGUGUAUUAGGUGACAUUGUGGUAGAAGGGGACAAUAGCCCGAUGCAGCAGAAACCUAAUACUCCAAAGCAUCAAGUUUCAAAGGACCAAGUCAAUGUGUUGACCUCUACUUAUCAAGGUGAGGACACUAAGAGAUGGAGUAAAGGAAAACAUGAAGAAAGACACAACUUCACCAGAGUCAAAGAGAAAGAAGACAACUUUAGAAGUAAAUACCAUCAGCCCCUUCCAAACACCACACAGGUUCUUCCAGAAAGCCCCUUCCAAAAACUUGUGAGCCGCUUUCUACGGUGGAUUCAUCCCAAGAAAGCAAUCAAAGGGCAGGAACCUCCUCCCCCAAAAGGUAAGCCUACAGAAGACCCUGCCCAAAGCCAACAAAGGAAAAUGAAAAAGAAACCACACACGGACAGCAAUGUUGCUGAGGCCCAGGAACUUAUGACAGCUGUUGGACAGGUGUUAGAGAAGAAAAUGAUGCUGCAACGUAAACUCUGUGCUUCAAAGUUCAACCAGAACAGGGAAGCUCCUCCCGCCCCUACCUCUCAGUUUUCUUGUGACCACAAGCCAGUUUCCUACUCAAAGCAAAGGAGAGCACCCAGUCACCUGGGCAAUUCCUCAUGUCUGAGCCAUUCUAUACAGGAGAGGCACAUCAGACGCCAACUGUCUCAGAAAAAUGUUCAAUUUAAUAAGGAACCACAGACCCCACAGAAUCCCCAUCUCUUGUACCCCAACACACCUUUGAAAUUAGUGAAUCACUCUCAGAAUAGAACAAUAGUGCCAGGCAUCUCAAGUCACCAUCUUCACUGUCCUAAGCACUGUGCUCUUCAGAGAAGUGUCUGCAGCCAACUAAAAAAUUCCUCGCUAGUUUUUUUCUAGUAGGGAAACAUAAUCAGAAA